AAGGCAAUACAGAUUCCGAGGACUCGGAGUUCAGUUCUCUGGAGCGUGAGCGAGAGAAGAGUUUGUACACCAAAUGUAAUAGAAAGCCCACUCCACACAAGAAAAAGACCAAGUCCAAACCCCAAGGUGUCCGCACCGCCCCUACCAACUCUGAUUUGGCCAGCCAGUUCCGUCAUUUGAGGAUACAUGAUCGGGAUCGAGAGAGGAGUAAUUCACCCUCUGAUGGAAGUGAGGGAACGGGAGAUGAGUUACAGUUAGUCCGCAAGGAGAAGAAACCACUCAAAAUAAAGAAGCGUCGGCCACCAGGAGGCAGUGAGAGUAGUGGUCAAGCCUUUAGUCCACAGCUGUCUGAUAGCGACAACCUUGCUGGGUCACCUCCUA